AUGCUUGCCUUUUUCAACAGCUACGUGAGUGAAGAUUGGCGAGCCCAGCACAUUCAUGGUUGGGUUGCUUUGUCUGGGCCUUGGAUGGGCGGAGCAACUCAAAUAGGUGCUUACUUGGGUGGCUGGACUUUGGGCUUGCCCAGCUGGUUGAUCCCCCAUGAUUAUGUGCAGCGCGUUCAAGUAAACGCGAGCAGCGGCGUUUGGAUGAGCCCACAUCCGGAUGCUUUCGGCGAAGCUGUUCUAGUGGAGACGCCAUCGCGCAAUUACACGGCUGCAGACGUGCCCGACAUGUUGCGUAAAAUCGGUGUCAAGGCUGGAGGAAACCAGACAGCAUCGCUUUUUGCUAAACUGCAGAAACCAUUGGCAAAGCUCCAGCAUGCUCCCAAGAAUGUGCCGCUGCAGAAUUGGUAUUCUACAGGCAUUCGAACUGCGGAGGCAUUGGUGUUUGACAGCGACAUCGUCGAAGGCUUUGACAAGGUUGCGACAACGACGAGGUAUGGCGACGGCGAUGGUUUGGUCAACUUGUUGUCCCUCGCUCAGGUUGAGAAGGUCUGGCCGCACUCGCCAUUUGUGUCAACGCGAAGGUUUCCCAACUGCUCACACUUCGGAAUUUUGUCAGACGAGCGCGUGCUCAAAGACUUGGUGAGCUAUUUAGCCCGCAACACAAGCAGGGAGAUUUUCGUUUGA